UCGAAAUCUUCAUUGCACAUCGACUCACUCUUGCAACAACAAGCCUUCUUCUACAAAUCUCACCUCCCAAGCCAACAAUGAAUCAAGUUCACAACAUCACCAUAAAAUUUAUGGAUUUCCCUGCCGAAUUACUGUUGGAUAUUCUUGGUCACCUAGACAUAUACGAUCUAGUCAGAGCACGCAAAGUAUGCAGUGAUAUUCGACAACUCAUUGACUCUUCCUCGGAACUUCAAUACUUGAUUGAUAUUCGAUACUUCAAUGCGAUUCCAGCAUCGUUGCCUGUCGGCGACAUCUCCGUUCCAACACGUCGCCAAUUGCUUCAAAAAAGCGAAACUGCGUGGCAGAGAGCCGAAUACUCUCAAAGAAAUUCCAUUCCGAUGUCUUACUCUCCCGACAACUACCGUUGGUCGUGCGGCAUUCUUGGAAUCCCAGCGAAAUCUCUCCAACAACUCAAGUUCGUCCAGCCCUCACUAUCAGAUGGCGACACCCACACCAUCGACCUGCAACAACGCAUCUGCAAAAUCGACAGCACAGCAUUCGAGGGUUACAGUUUUUCGCCCGCACAGGAUCUUGUGGCUAUCCUUUCCAGAACAACCCGUGGAGAGAGUCAUGCAUAUGACGUCACUUUCAGAUCAUUGUCUGAGGACAAACCCCAUCCUGAUGCCGGAUCCCCCCUCGUGAAAGCACUGGACAAUCAAAUCCAUCCACAGCUCUUCGACUCCCCCUACACGCAAUCUAUGAUCUUCGGAGACUAUUAUGGCUUGUUCUGCAAAUUUGCUCACAAAGCAGACGGUGAGCUGGUCGAUUUUCUGCAAAUUUGGAACUGGAAGUCCAAGGAAGCUUCUCAGUGCCUUCAAAUGUUUGACACGGAUUGCGGAACGACGAAUUUCAGUUUUCUAACGAACGAUAGAUUCCUCGUCGCCAGCGUGAGGGAACUAAAGUUGUUCUCCCUCGACACUAUCGAUUCGGUCAAUGCAAUCCGGCUCGUUGCCAGAUUCUCCUUCCCUGCAUUGAAGGACCCCUUCAUCUUUCACUUCAUCACCUUCAGUCCUAUUCCAUUCCAUGCCAGCGCUCAUAAUCAACUCAUCGCUAUCAAUAUGUGCAUGUCGGCGCCCACGACCAACAAAUCUCCGUAUUUCACCUUCUAUAUCGAGCGGAACACCCUCUUGGAGCUCGAAUCCACCUACAUCAGCCGUUAUGGAGAAGCCAGCCAGGAUUCUCCUAGUCUGCCUUGGUCCGCCUGGGGCCCAAAGUACACCCGAUUCUUCGAGAACUCCUACAGCUCCUGCAUACACCGCAUUUUCGGAUUCCGUAGUGCCGAGUUGAUUGGCGACCUCGUCUCUCAUGAUGGGGUGUUUCAGCCGCGACCAUUGCGCAUCCGCGACUUUAACCCUCAUAGGGUGACGGACUUCAAGGCUGGGAACAUCACUACAUCGAACCAACGACUUGUCGAAGGGGAAUCACCAAAUUCGACCCUUUUCUUGGAUCCACUGGGACCUGGUCUCCCGUAUAUCGAGACGAUAUCUCAGGAAAAGUUCCUUGCGAAUGAUAUGACCAUGGAAGCAAACAGGAUAACGUUGUUAUCCCUCAAAGUCAUGAGUCAUCAUCAGAUCCUGAUUGUGGACAUGACACUUAUAAAAACGCAGGGAAAUAGUUACCAUGGCAGUAUAACCAGAAGUCUUAUUCUCAGUCCGGUCUCCGCAUAUAGUUUGGCCAUUGCUGGAAUUAUUGGAGGGGUUGCUCUUGGAGUUUGGGUUCUUUGGUUCGUCCGCACGCACAAACUCAAGUCAAACGUCACAUUCGAUGAAUCUUCCUCUCUCGUACGAACUGACCUCCAGAGGGAUCAUGCCACCACGUCAGACAACGAGGCAUUACUCUGUUCCAUCUGUGCAAAUCUAGAUUUUUAUCAGAUAUUCCUCAAUGGCAUCCCAGAGACGGAGGACAUCCCGCUCGAUAAUCUCUCGUCCAUCUUACGAAAUUCCUAUCAAUGCAAUUUCUGCCGCCUCAUAUCCUUUCAUGUCCGCCGAACAUGGAUGCUGGACCAGUUUCCUCAUGUCGAUAUCUCAGGGAUCGAAUGUCGGAUGUUCACGAAAGGUUGUGGUUGUCUCCAGUUAGCCUCUUAUCCCCCUUCUAAAUUCCGUUGCUACCGCCUCUACGUCACGAUGGAAGGCAUAGAGGACAUUUGGAAGAGAUAUCCAGCUUUCAGGAUAGCAGGUGCGCUCAACAUUCACCUUAUGCAAGAAGACGCUUUCAAGUUUGGAAGACCGACCGACCUUCAUUGUCGCAGGGUGAAAAACACCGUGGAUAUCAACAUGGUGAAGAAGUGGAUCAAAUUGUGCCAUGCGAGCCAUGGAGAUAUAUGUAAAAGUCUUUCAAGAAUAGGCGAACACGACAAGAGGAAACUGCCGGGGUUUGUGAGAGUGGUGGACGUAGUAUUGAUGGCCGUGGUUCCCGCGCCUUCUGGUUGUCGUUACAUCGCCCUCAGUUACAUAUGGGGAGGCAUCGGCGCAGGGUAUUGGACGACGAAGGAUAAUAUAGCAGAGCGCGGCACGCCUGGCGGGUUGGGCACGGCAAAGCUCCCUGAUACCAUCACUGAUUCGAUUCUAUUCGUUCGACAACUUGGUGAACGUUACAUAUGGAUUGAUGCUUUGUGCAUUGUUCAAGAUGACUCGCAGGACAAGUUCGCUCAGAUACACGAUAUGGAUCUGGUUUACGGUCUUUCUUAUCUCACAGUAAUCGCUGCCGGUGGCACUACGGCUCGAGACCCUCUCCCAGGAUGCCGCCCACACACUAGAACGCAACAGCAUAUCGAAGUCGUUCAAGGACUUCAUCUCUAUGCGGCGCCUCCAAGACUUAAGGAGGCUCUUGCUUUGUCCGCAUGGAAUACACGUUGUUGGACUCACCAAGAGUGCGCGCUUUCCCGCCGAAGGAUAUACUUUACUGGACACCAAGUCUACUUCGAGUGCCAGUUCGAUGUCUUAUGUGAAGAUGUCAUUGCUGAAAGCGAGUGUGACUCCACCAAUUUUCUCAAGGAUUCACGAGCAGAAUACUUCCCUCAGUCUUUGGACCCCUUCGCGAGUUACAUGAUGGCCGUGAAACAGUGUGCACGGCGCAAUCUAACCGUUGAAUCAGACAUUGUUGAUGCCCUCACCGGAGUGACAAAUGCUUUAGCAAAAGCCUUUGGGCUCGGUGAACCAGACAGAGCCUUUCGCUAUGGAAUUAUGUUGACGGACCUACAUCACGCGCUUCUCUGGCAACACAAUCCACACACACCUCGUACUCGUCGUUCGCUCCCUGAUGGAUGCAGUUUACCCUGGCCUUCUUGGGCAUGGGCUACGUGGUGUGGUGCUGUUGACUACAUGUCGGAGCAUCGGUAUUUGGUGACCUAUCCUGAGGAUGCAUGGCUCGUGGACUACUUCGCCAAGCCUUCGGUGGUGGAAAUGUUUGUCGAUCCAUGGUACAUCGUGGACCAUAGUGGCAUCAUACUGCAGCUUGAUGUACGCAGGGGUUCUCGCCGGGUCGUUUUGAUUCGCGAGACAGAGGAAGAGGGAUCAACGUAUUCUUCUCCGGGAGGGAUUAUAGACCCGACGGAGAUAACCCCAGACAUUCAUCGAGCGCUCGACCCAGGCACUCUCAUUUUCCGCACGACUUCUAGCCAUUUUGCCAUUGCACGACGACGUGGUGAAGAAUCCCAUCCAUCUAUUCAUCACGGUCUUUUCGACAUUCUCUCCGCCUCCUCGCCUCCCACUUGGGUAGGUACUGCUGUCCUCCCAUUAGACGUUGCCUUGCCGACUUCCCUCGAAUUCAUCGUCCUUUCCCGUACCGGUAUACUCGGCGCGUACGACGAAGAGAGUAUUGAGUAUUACCAAGAAUGCCUGCUACAUGUGAUGGCGGUUAGUCGGAAUGGGAAUUUGAUGGAACGUGUUGGGUUGGGCGUCAUUCAUGAGACACCCUGGAUUGCUUCUGGAGCGGAAGAGAAGAUAGUGUUUCUUCGAUAAUGGUCGGCGGUGAUAGCUACUUGGUUGUUCUUCGGGAGGUCCCGGC